UUCACAGAAGAACAACAGCAAUCGGACAAGUAACAAUGCAAAGCAUGGCGACCUGUCUCUUUCUCUGUAUGGAUUCUUGCGGUGUACUUUACGGCUCGCUCAAUUGCACAAAAGCAUGCAUCUUCAAUGAGACUCUGGAGCAACACAAUUACAAUACGUACAUCUCGGCACACUGGUCCAAGGAGAACGAAACGCUUUACAUUGGUAUGGACCGUUAUGGCCAUCCGAAGAAAGUAAUUGUCACAGAAGGUAACACUCUGGGCAAAAGGUCAUCCAACGUUCGGGUACUGACGCAGGUGGUUUCGGCUGAUCGCUUGGAGAUCCUGCAGAGGCGGAUACUGGGCGCUCAUCACAAAGUUCGCCAUUGGCAUCAUCAUUGCCAGACUAGCGACGAAACGCUGAAGAUGUGUCGCGUAACGCCGCCCCCGGAGAUUCAAUGCCGCAACAACAGCCGAAAGAAGAAGAAGAAGCGGAAGCGACGGUGCAGGUCGGGCGAGCAACCCGGUUCCCAAUGCAAAGUCACCGAGAAAUCAAUCGCGGAAUCAGUGGCAGGUGUCAUCGAGGCGUCAUCGGAGAUCGUAAGCAACACCACGCCGGAAUCCAAGCGAUCCUGCGAGGGGGCGGCCAGCGAGGAGGCUUGCAGGCGACAGGCUCUCUCCGUUUCGGCGAAGAAGCGGAAAUCGCGGAUAGACGGCGGCGGCAGGAACCACACGCUCGGUAAGAACAAAGCACCAACGUCAAAUGCGAAAAAGCCAAACCUCAGGGUCGCCGAUAAUCAAAGUAAAAAGCCUGAUUUGACGGACGGGAAGAAGAAGAGGAAGAGGACGACUCAGCAGCAGAUGAGCUGGGGGAUGAGCACGGUGGCAUCGCCAUCCCGGAAGCGGUACGGGCCUGGCACGACUUCCUCGUCCCGAGUCUCUUUGUCGCUAACAGCGCCCGCCAGCGAGGAGCAAUGGGCCUCGACAGCCACGUUGUCCUCUUCGCCGUCUCUUCUUGGUGCGUCAACCGUUCUCUUCUCUAUCAAAAGGCCGAGUUCGCCGCAGUCUGAUCAUAAAAAACCCCCGCCGUCCUCGAGGAACCACAUCGCGAGACCGAUAGGCUCGCGUAGGAUAGGAAAGUCUUCCCGGGAUAGCGCGGCUCUGCCGGGUCGAUCGAGGUCGAUAUCGGCGACGUCGAGGAGCAAAAUAGCACUGCUACCGUCAACCACCAAAGUUCCUGAAGAUACAUGCGCCUAUACUACAACCCCUCUGCCUCAACUCUCGCCAGUUCUCCCUUCCUCGUCCUUGUCCUGGCAGGAAUCCGACGACGAAGACUCCUCGCUCGUCGACGAGGAAUCGUCCUCGAUCGUUUCGAGCGAGCUCGCAAUCGUCACGGUCGAAUCCAGCACGUUGGCAGCUUCCGACGACGUUAUCGCGGAAGUUACGACGUUUAGCUCGGACGAAAGAACCUAUGAGGACAGCGACGUGGUCGAUAUGAUCCCGCAGACUACAACGAAACUUCCGCUGGAGAGACUGGCGAUGUAACGCCAUCCCUCGGAUGGCCGGAGGCUGAUUUGUGCGCAAUUGUAAACUUACGUGUACAUAGCAAUCACUCUACGUUACGACUUACUUCACAUUCAUGCAACGAGCAGGUGGCACACAUGUGUCGUGCAGAAAUUUUGAUAUUAUGAGGGGAUCGAUAUGAUUGCAGUUUUGGUGAGAUCGAUUUAGUUGUGUAAAGUUUUUUGAAUAAACACUUUAAGAACUUAAAUCAAAUAUGAAUCGAAAAUGAAUAAAAAUUGAAUUUUUUCGUCAAAUCUAUAAUUGUUAUUUAUAUCAGGAUUUUCCGCUCUGAUGUCUGAACCUGAAAUUAAAAUCCCGAAAAUGGCAAUCCACAGUAACUGUGUUAUAAGAGACAUUGUCUACUUUUUUCUUUAAGCGGAAUUUAACUGGACAAAUUGUACUAUUUUCAAUAUCACUCAGUCGUAAAUUGUAUAUAAGAGAUCAUUUUUUUGAGAUCAUAUUACUUGAUAAAAUAAAA